CCCCAGGUCCGAGAGAGAGGUUUCCAGAAACACGGAACUCAUCCGACUUAGAUAUAUAAAGGUUGGAGAGAAGAGCAAUCGGGCGGCCAAAAUCCCUCGACUUUGUAUUGGCGGAAUUGUUCAAACCCUAACGAUGCUUAUAGAAGAAGAAAAGGAAGAAGAGCACAAUGUGAAGACCCCAAAACCCUCGUCGUCCUCCGCCAACAAAGACGCCGCCGAUGGCUUCGAAACUGCCAGCGACGGCGAGUUGGGACCGAACGAAAGCGACGAUGAAACUCAACACCACGUCCAGCUUGAAGAGACGGAUGACCUUGCAUUCAAACAGAAAUCGCUUGAGCAAGCAAAUGAGGUAAAAUUGGAAGGCAAUGGACUGUUUGGGAAUGGACACUAUGAAGAGGCAUUGUCGAAGUAUGAACUUGCUUUACAGCUUGCGCCGGACAUGCCUUCAUCUGUGGAAUUACGUUCCAUAUGUCAUUCGAACCGUGCCAUAUGCUUUUCGAAGCUGGGAAAAUACGACGACGCGGUUAAGGAAUUCACAAAAGCACUGGAACUAAAUCCUUCAUAUAUGAAAGCGCUGAUUAGAAGAGCAGAAGCUCAUGAAAAACUAGAACAUUUCGAAGAGGCUAUUGCUGAUAUGAAAAAAAUCUUAGAACUUGAUCCUUCAAAUGACCAAGCCAGGAAGGCCAUUCGGCGCUUGGAGCCACUUGCUGAAGCAAAGAGAGAAAAGAUGAAAGAGGAGAUGAUUGGGAAGUUGAAAGAUAUGGGCAACUCGUUGUUGGGCCGGUUUGGAAUGAGCGUUGACAACUUCAAAGCUGUAAAAGAUCCAAACACUGGCUCGUAUUCUGUUUCAUUCCAACGUUAGACUUGGUGGUGAAUUUGUUGAUAGUGUUAUCUCCUUCCAUGAAUAUAGGACAUCAUUAUAUAUGCAUAAAUGAAAUUGGUAGUUGAUGAGUGUUUAUUACAUUUGAUCCAUCUUGUUUCUGGUGGGUUUAUUUUGUUA